AUGGCGGGCGACGGCGGCAUCCCCGUCUUGAGCAGCGUCCUGGAGUACAUCGAGAAGUUCUGCAUGGAGGUCGCGGAAGCUGAGAUGGAGGUGCCGUCGGCGGAGUUGUCGUGUCUGGCCGAUAUGAUGGAUACCAUUACGUUCGUGUACCAAAUUCUCAAUCCGAGCCUGUUGCUGGCCGAGGACGUCGAGCUAGCCGCUUUCACAAACUCGCCCGAGGUUGACCAGGGCAAGGGCCAGAUCUUCAGGUCUGUUCUCGACGCAUUGAAGGGCCGCGACGAGUGGCUGAAGAGGUUCAAUGCAGUGUGCAGGUCCGUCGGCCAGAUCAGCGAGCUCGGACCCACAUAUCAGAGGUGCAGAGCCGACAUGACGGAAGCUACGGAUGAGACUCGAGCUGUUGCUUUGAGCAAGGUGCUUCCCAAUGUACCGCGCUUGCAGGCGGGCUUGGUCAACGGCAUGAUGCAACCUCUGGAGGACAUGCUUGUCGAUCUGAUUCGAGCUGAGGUGGUUGCGACGAAACGCAGAUACGCGGAUGGCAAAGCGAUCGUCAAAGACGUCCAGGCCUUCCAGAAGAUAUUGGCCAUUGCGUCGGACAGCUUCCCAUUCUUAAAUGACAUCUCGGAGUGGAUGACCGACAUUUCCACAAUCUUGCUGAGCGUGCAGGCGGGAGCUACCCUGGAUGAGUUCGUGAAGGCCGUCAAGGAGGUCGCCCAGGAGGCGAGUACACAGACGUUGUCUCAGCUUGGAGUUGUGAUGCAGCGCUCGCAUGGCCUGAAGCUCCAGCGCCCCGAGGACGUGAACUUAUUCAUGGACGCUUGCCAGAAGAUCGACGAGUUCAUGUUGCAUGGCGUGUCGCUGUUUUGCUCCGAGGGCUUGGCCAUGCCAACGGACGAGCUCAAGCAGAACUUGGGAUACUCGAAGGUCAUGCUGAUGAUGGACAUUCCCGCUGACCAGCAGUCCCAGGCACUGCAGAUGUACCGUGGGGCGGCGAAGUGGUGCGAUGGCUUGACGCGCCUGGCCGUGUGUUUCGUGGGUUUGCCUCGUGAUGCGACCAUGAGCUUGGCCCCGCCAGAUCGCGAGGCGCUGGAUGCGCUGCAUCGUGUCAACAAGAGCGCCAAGAACGCGUUCGCCGAGUUCACCGAGAUCGGUUCCACGCACGGCGUCACUGACCUCCUGGCCAAGCUGGCGGGGCCUGCUGACGCUGCAAUCGGGAACGCUGUGAAGACCACUCUCGAUUCAAUGCACGAGAACGUUGCGGACGCGCUCUUGACAGUCACGACGUGGCAGGGCGGUGUCGAGAACGGACAUUGGACCGACGGCCUCGAGCACAACGACUGGAAGACUGUCAAGGCGACGCUCGACGUCACGGUCUGCAAGAUGCCAGACCCGCUGCGCUUCCACGCUUGCCUCGGGCGCUUGACGGAGGCAUGGUGA